UCUCCAUUUCGCUGCAGUUGAAGACUUAGUUUGUAGUUUGUGCAGGAUGCAGACGGAGAAGAAGGAGUCUGCCGGCGCCGCCGGCGAGAAGCCGCCGAGCUUCUGUGACAGGCUCCAGAGAGCUUUCCACGCCCGCCCGGCGUUCCGGCCUCUCCGCCGCCUCGGCGUCCGCCACGGCCAGGACGACGACGGUGGUGGUGGUGCGCCUGGAAGUACAGUAGACAUGCAGCCUGCGACGACGACGACGCACGGCGGCGGCCCACCGAGGCCGGUGCUGCCACCGGCGGCAGGCCACGCUCCGGCGCCCGUCGUGCUGCCGCCGGCGGUAGUGAAACCGGCUGCCAAGCCUGCGGGCGGCAACGCUCCGGCGCCUGUCGUGUUGCCGUCGGCGCCGGCUGCAAGGCCGCCGCCACCGUCGCGUCGCCAUGGGCAUGCACAUGCGUCGACGACCGGGAGCGCACCUGCCGCCGAGAAGGUGGCGGCAACGACGACGAGGCCGCCACCGGGGAUUCCGGUGCCCGUGCCGCCGCCGGCUGCUGCUGCUGCCGCUGAUGUCACCACCGCCGCGGCGGACGCGAAGGAGGGCGAUGGUGACAAGGAGCAGCAAGGGAAGGGGAAGACCAGGGUGAGCUCCAGAGUGCGCAAGGCCUUCUCCUCCAAGUAGAGACACAUCACAAUUCACACAUCCAUGGCCACCGUAGUGUGAAGCAGAAGCAACCCAAUAACUAACUACUGAAAAAUAUGUACCUUGAGGACUUUGUGUGAACCUAAGUACUCUAUCCGUUAUUGUUUUUUAACGUAUGACAUCGCUGAAUUUUAAUAUAUGUUUGAUCAUCCAUCUUAUUUAAAAAUAUUAUGUAAUUAUUAUUUCUCUUA